AAGCGAAAACAAAAUUCUUAAUUCGGCUAAAUGUCUCUAUCGAUACAAAGAAAAAAGGACGGCGGUCCCAGUCUGAAAUUUUUUGAAAGUUUGGAAACUGUGGCUCUCCUCGAACCAGUUAGGGUUUGGCUACUCAAAAAUGUCAAAAAGUACAUCCAAAAUGAACCAAUCAACAACAAAACCCUGGCAACUAUAAUUGUGGAGUUCUUGCAGUUCCAAGAAGAAGCAUUUGGGAAAAAUGUCAGCAAGCCUGCCUUAACUAGAUUACCGGUUAAAUGCUUCCUUGACUUCAAGCCAAGUGGUUCUUUGUGUCACCUCUUUACUGAAACUUUGAAGUUCAAGGCUGAACAAGGAUGGCGAAAGUUUGAUUUCCAAAACCCAUCUCGCAUGGAUAGGAAUGUGGAGAUGUUCAUGCAGACCCAGAAGACUCUGAUACAAAAUCGAAUCAUCAUCCAGCCUGCCAUCUAUCUGAAACCUGAAAUCGACAAGAUACUCAUGGUGAAACUGAAGGAUAUCAUCAAGAGACAUCUGGGAACUGUGGUGGAGAAACAAUCCGAAGCCACCCACAUCGUCUAUCCCCAACCUGCUACUAGGAGUGAAGAAGAACUAUUCAGGCCAGUUAUGAAGCGAGACACGGGGCUGAUGAUCCACUGCUAUUAUACCCCAGAUAGUUAUGAUACCUGGCUGCCCGAUGUCGAAGUUGACAUAGAAGUGGAUUCAUCCAUCGAACCAGAUGGUCCUUGGCUGGUUAAUGCUUUGUGGUUAUUGGAUCUGGAAGAGUACAAUGAAUGGAUGAAUGAAGAUGAUUACCUUGUUGAAGAUGAAACUGAGAAUCCACGAAUGAAGUCUCGAAUUGAAAGUCGGUCUAAAUACACUGCUGAAGAGUUGGUUAAGUUGGCAAAUGAAGAGAAGAAGCAUAAAAAGGACCGGGUCAAGAGGCGACGAUCUCCUUCUCCGUCCUCACAGUCAGUUCCUGGAAAGAAGAAGAAAGGAGCUCGCAACACGUCAGCCAACAGCAAGCGUCGAACUUUGAACCCUUCUUCUGUUGCAGGGUCGUCCGUCGGGGAUGAGGAUGAUCUGUCGCGGGAUUUUGAGGAUCCCGUACCCGAGCCCAACAUCCAGGCCGUCAACCUCCCCAGGUCCCUGCUCUCUGUCACUGGGGGGGCUGCUGGACUCGGUGCCAAAAACACUCUAACUGAUCUGGAUGAGGAAUUUGAGGGCAUGGCUGAUUCAAAGGCAUCCGGUCUUUCAUCUCCACCGGAGAAUCACGGCAAUGCUGCCUCCCACGAUGACGACGAGAACAACCUAACGGAACAAACACAUCACAUCAUCAUUCCGAGCUACUCAGCAUGGUUUGAUUACAGUAGCAUACAUGCCAUUGAAAGGAGAGCUCUGCCCGAGUUCUUCAAUGGCAAAAAUCGAUCUAAAACACCUGAAGUCUACCUGGCCUACCGAAACUUCAUGAUAGAUACGUACAGGUUGAACCCACAGGAAUACCUCACUAGCACCGCAUGUCGCAGAAAUCUGGCCGGUGAUGUCUGUGCCGUCAUCAGAGUUCAUGCCUUUCUGGAGCAGUGGGGCCUGAUAAAUUACCAGGUGGAUGUGGACAUUAAGCCGAACAUCAUGGGUCCUCCUUCGACCUCGCACUUCCUCAUCCUAAGUGAUGCUCCCUCGGGGCUUCAACCCUUCGUCCCUGCCAAAGCACCACCUGGACAGUCGGCCAGCAAACAGAUGCUGGACAUGGACAAAUCAGAUAAAAGAGAUAGCGAUGAUGUAAAGAAAGAGGCUACGUUUGGACUGAAGAUGGAUCAGUAUGCCAAAAAAUUGCAGGAGAGCAAACAGGCAGCAGGCGGUUUACAGAUGCAUCGGAGCGGCAACAACUACCGCGAGUGGACCGACCAGGAAACUCUCCUGUUGUUAGAGGGACUGGAAAUGUUCAGAGAUGAUUGGAACCGUGUUGCCGAACACAUUGGCAGUCGAACCCAGGACGAGUGCAUUCUUCAUUUUUUGCGUCUACCCAUUGAGACGCCAUAUUUAGAAGAUGAUGGCACUGGUGGAAGCCACCUUGGACCCCUCGCCUAUCAACCUGUUCCAUUUUCUCAGUCGGGCAAUCCCGUCAUGUCCACUGUUGCAUUUCUUGCGAGUAUCGUCGAUCCGAGGAUUGCUGGAGCUGCUGCCAAGGCUGCUCUUGAGGAGUUUUCAAGAAUCAAAGAAGAAGUUCCUCCAUGGCUGGUUGACAAUCACUUGAAAAAUCUGGAUGAGGCCCGCAAGGAGGGCGUGCAGGUGGAUGCCAAUUUUGGCCUGGAGAAGACUGGGAUUGCUGGCACUGUUCCUGAGGUCGUGGAGAAAGAUAGUGUUCCAGCUGCUGCUGGUGCAGUUGCUGCUACUAAUGCUGCUGCUGCUAGUGCUACUACUGCUGGAGAUUCCGAUGGCCAAAAAGAUGAUGGCGAUGAAAGCACAACUAAAAAAGAUGCUGAAAACAAGGAAAAGCCUGAAGACAAGAUGGAUGUUGAUGAUGAGAAUGCAAAAAAAGACGACGCAACAGAUGCAACAGACUCCAAAAAAGUUGAAGGUGCCUCCAACGAAGGCAAGGAUAAGGAAUCAAUGACUCUUAAAAAGGAAGAUAAUAAUCAAGAUGUGGAAAAAAUGGAAACCGAUGAUGAAAAAUGUGCAAAGUUGGUUUCUGAUACAAGUGCCACCACAAGUGGAGGUGGCGAUGUUGAUAAGAAGAACGAGGAACAAGACAAACAAGAUCCAGAGCUGAACAAAGAGAAAAAUAAUGUCAAGGACAAAGACUCAGAAAAAUUAGGUCAAAAAAGAGUGGAAGGUGACUUGAAUACAGCUGCAGCUGCUGCUCUGGCUGCAGCUGCUGUAAAAGCUAAGCAUUUGGCAGCUGUUGAGGAGCGAAAGAUAAAAAGUUUGGUGGCUCUCCUUGUUGAAACGCAGAUGAAAAAGUUGGAGAUCAAAUUGAGACACUUUGAAGAGCUUGAGGCUAUCAUGGACAAGGAAAGAGAUGCGCUCGAAUAUCAGCGUCAGGAACUGUUGAAAGAGAGACAACAAUUUCAUAUGGAGCAGUUGAGAGCGGCUGAGUUCAGAGCUAAGCAGCUGGCUGCACAGCAACUAGCUAACGAGCAGAAACCCACCACUGCUGCCAGUUCGACAGUUUCUUGCGAAUCAGCUACUUCAUCUUUGACAGCUGCUAAUAAUAUUGAUUGCCAGGCACAGACAGUCACUAAGAAUACGGACUCACAGCCAUCAAACCCUUUGUCUUCGUCAUCUUCCUUAUCAGCUCAGCCUCAAGCUUCCACUCAGAUGGAUGCCUGAAAUGAGAAUUGAAUGAACUUUGUUGGCUGUGAAGUGAAUGGCAUUCAGAACCAUUCCUUUCUUCUUGGCGCCACAUACUAAUGGGUGAAUGAAUGCGUGCUUAGUUGAUGUGGCAGUUCAUUAUAUCGCAUCCUUUUAUUACUGACAAUGUCUCCAAUUGUUUUUUUUUUCAUUCAAAAAUUUUUAUAUCUGUAGGUACUAGUUUUAAAAAAUAAAUUGUGCAUCAUUGAAUACACUUUGAGAGUUCAUCAAGCCAAACCUCCAUCGUCAUGGACAAGCGGUUUUGAACGUACGCGCAUGAUUGCAAUGUUUGUUUUAGUGCUGACGAUUACGUAAUUAAUCUCUUUUAUCUAAUUUAUUGACCAAACAUCAUCAUUGGGUUUGUUGAUUUUAUCUGAGUGGCGCUUUAUUUAUGUGGUCUCUAGUCGAAUUGAAUCAAAACUGAAAACACCAUUGUGAAUGCUCAUUGACUUGGUUGUUUUUUCAAUUAGGAUGCCAGCGAAUUUGUAGAUCUGUCGCGUUUAAUGAACAAGAACAUUUCAUUUCAAUAGAAAAAAAAGUUUA